AUACAAAACUAGACGGGCAUGGUGGCGUGCGCCUGUAAUCCCAGCUACUAGAGCCUAGCUGCACACAGGGGACCCUCAGGCCCUCAGCAGUGAUGCGACAGUUCCUAAGAGGUUGCAGCAACGUGUGUGGGUGUAUCCAGGCAACGAAGUGGUUAAUCCCACCAGAAGGAAAGCGGUGGGGACAGGACUCCGACAUGGGUCACCAGACCCAGAGCAUGCCUCGGGUUGAGUGGGUGGGUGGGUGAGUGGAAGCAUCCCGCGUUGGGGGCGGUGUCUUGAGCGGGAGUCUAAAGUCCCGCGUGGCGACGAGCCAAUGAGCGUUGACGCCGGCCCGGAGGGCGGGGACACACAGUGCAGACCCCGCCUAUUUCCUCCCUUUUCUCGGAGACCCGACGGCGCGAACCCAGCCUGGCUGCUGCAGCACUUGCUCUAACUUUGCCGCAGCUGCCUCCCUUUUCCCGGAACCCACUCUCCUAACCCACCCCUGGGAGGGGGAGAGAAUGUGGGGAGCACUUCAGAGAGGCCUAAGCUCCAGAGAGCGGGCCAUCUGGGCUCUGAAAGCAAAUUAGUUUUCCAACUCAUGUCUGGCUCCAGCGUUAUCCAGACGCCUGGAAGGUCCUUCCUGCAGUCUGAUCACCAUUUUUCCUGCUGCACUGACCGAUCAGCUCCCCUUGGUCUUCAACCUCGGGAAUGAUGGAUUAGGGGAGUCUAGAAAUGGACGAAGCCCUAGGUGAGGGUUUGAAUCCUCUUUUCCCAAGAUUCAGGCUGGGGAUGGAGCCUGAGUCUGGGCCGAUUCUUGGCUUUAUCUAAACUCCAGAUUACCAAGCCUGGGGCUGAGCUCCAAGGAGGCUCAGAAGGGCCAGACCCCAGGCAGGGCCUUGGGGCACAGAUAUCAUCACCUUCCUCUCUGGAAUGUUUGGGACCGAACCUCUGUGUUAACCCUGAACUUCCCUACUAACCCCUCAGAAACGCAGCUGAAGACGAGCAGAGGACGCUUCUCGGCUACAGAAUCCCUCCCCACCUUGGAGUUGCCAGUUUCCUGGAGUGGAUCCUGAGGUGUCUUAUCAGCCUCUACACCCCAAUCCAGCUAACAGCUCUUAUCUCAGGUGGACAUGGCCUGCAGGGUCCACAUGCGACCCAUUGGCCUGACCUGGGUCCUACAACUGACCCUGGCAUGGAUCCUGUUAGAAGCCUGUGGAGGGAGCCACCCACUCCAAGCCAGGUCCCAGCGACACCAUGGGCUGGCAGCUGAUCUGGGCAAAGGCAAGCUGCACUUGGCAGGGGAUCCCCAGCCCUCAGUUCCCAAACCUUAUCUGAGGAUCCAAGACCUUGGCUCACAGGGUUCCCCUUUGCCAGGAACUUGUUGUCCCUCAGAGAUGGACGCAACAGAGAUAUCGGGCCCUGGGAACCAUCCAGAACGCUGUGGAGUGCCGAGCCCUGAGUGUGAAUCCUUCCUGGAACACCUCCAACGUGCCCUUCGCAGUCGCUUUCGCCUGCGGCUAUUGGGGGUACGCCACGCACAGCCGCUCUGUGAGGAGCUCUGCCAGGCCUGGUUCGCCAACUGCGAAGAUGAUAUCACUUGUGGCCCGACUUGGCUCCCACUCUCAGAAAAAAGGGGCUGUGAGCCUAGCUGCCUUACCUAUGGACAGUUUUUUCUAGACCUUCGCAGACGGGACGGACCUUUGUCGCUCGGCUCUGGGCCACGCCCUACCGGUGGCCGCUCCUGGAGCCCGUCACUGCUUCAAUAUCUCCAUCUCCGCACUACCUCGUCCCAGACCAGGACGGCGGGCCCGGGAAGCUCCCUCCUGGCGUACCCGCCGCCCUCGCACCUCCAUCCUGGACGCUGCGGGCAGCGGGAGUGGCAGUGGAAGCGGCAGCGGCCCCUAGCGGACGCGUGGCCCCGAGUUGGGGGAGGGUCCCUUCCCCCAGCCCUGCCCCUCAGAACACCCAGAACCCCACCCCUCGCCCUCUCGGGCUUCUAUAAUAGUUUUGAGAUGUCUGUCCCUCCUCCCUGGAACUCCAGAGACUCACCCCUCUCCAGGUUAUCCCAGAAAUGACCCAACUCUCUCUCUCACUUUUCCCUCUCCCCUUUGAAUAAAGUCGCCAGCUAGAGCAUGUGA